CUUCAGUUGGUCGUGGCAAGCCAAAGCUUGAGGUUGUCGUCGUCAGUGUCGUCGUCGUCGUGUUUACCGUUUGCUUGUUCGUCGUCAAAGCUUCGUGCAGCUUGCGACUUGCGAAGCGCGCUCAGUUCUUGUGCAAACGGCCGCAGGACAACACUCUGUCCCUCGUUUUGCUUUCGCGACAAUUCCGUUUUGCCAAUGAAUUGCAAAAUUAAAUAGAAUAAUUGGGCAUACAAAAUGCACUUGUAAUUUAAAGAGAAAAAGAGAAAAGAAUUCAAAUUGAUAGCCGAAAAAGAAAGCGAAAAGAGCAAAGUGUGAAAAGUGUUUUUGUGUGUGCGAAAGUGAGAAAUGCGCCAGAGCAAACGCGUAAGGAAUCCGAAACAGUUGCCACACAAUUCAGAACCGACUCCGAGACAGAAUCGGAAUAAGAAUCAACAAGCGAAUCAACAGAGCAGCAACACCACAGCCAAAGGAUCAACAGUCGCCACCAGGCCGAUGAGGCAGAACAAUAAAGCUGGCGGAGCAGCUUACAGCUGCGGAUUCGGAUUCGGUUUGCGGGUGUCGAGGUCGGAGUCGGUGUCGAGAAUGCGAGGAGUGGCAUUGCCCCUUCUCCUUGGGCUGCUGAUGCUGCUUCAGCUCCUUGCUCCGACACUGUCGACGCCCUCGCCCUCAUCCAUGCAGUCGCCACAGAAGCGAGGUGGCAGUGGCAGCGGAGGCGGCGGCGGCGGUGGAGGAGGCGGCGGUGGCGGUGGCAGCUCAUCGGACAUCUCCAAAGAUCAUUGCAAUAAGACGGUGGACAUCUUCGAGGACAUUAGCUCACCUGAGGUCAGCAAUCAGAAUGUGGGACGACCUCUGACCUGCUGGUAUCGCUUUCGACCCCUCAAGGGUUCGCCGCGUGACUUUGUGCUGCGUUUGCGCUUCAAGAAGUUCAAGGUGGGCCAGCUGCUGAAUGCCACCCACUGUGACGGUGGCUAUCUUCAGAUUGUCGAUGGCAAUGCCAAAACAGAUGUAUCCAAUCGUCGGGAACCCGGAAUGUUCUGUGGCGAGGCCGAACAGCCGCAGACCUUCAUCAGCGAGACGAGCUAUGUGAAGGUUCUCUUCCACACCGACAACUUUACGGAUCAGACCUACUUCACAUUCGAUUCACGCGCCGAGCAACAAACCGAAGUCUAUUUGCGCUAUGGCCAGCAUCCGGAAUUGUAUCCAAAUCGUCGUGGCGAAGUUGUGCAAGGUUCGUACUGCGAGCGUGAAUAUCGCGACUGCCGUCUGCAGACCUGCUACGUUCAGUCUCCGGCGUAUCCUGGACUUUAUCCUCGAGCCUUGAACUGCCGAUAUAAGCUGCACACUCGACAGCCGUACAUCAAGUUAUAUCUGCAGAACGAACAGUUUGCGGUCGAUGGUCAAAGAUGCGAGAACGUGAUGACCUGUCCCAUCAGACCCAUCGGAUCGGGCAACGAGCAUUGCCCAUACGACUGGUUGGCCGUUUAUGAUGGACGCGAUGAGCAUUCGCCGCUGAUAGGCAAAUUUUGUGGCCUCGGCAAGUUCCCAUUCAGCAUUAUUGGCACAUCACAAUACAUGUACGUGGAGUUUGUUACAUCACCGGCGGGGCCAUUGCUGAAUACGGGUUUCCAUUUCAACGUUGGCAACUGGCCGGGCCAUGUGGAGACCGCAGGAAUCAAGCACGGCGUUUGCGAUUGGUUGCUCAGCUCCGAUUCGCUGAAGGACAGCAGCGCCAGCGAGGGCAUCUUCCUCAGCAUUGCCCACUGGUAUCCGCCAAACACCUCCUGCAGCUACCACAUUAAAGGACAUCCUGGCGAAAUCGUGCGACUCUAUUUCCCGAGUUUUCGCAUCAAUCGCAUCGAAUCGCCUAUACUGAAAUAUGAAGGCGAUUGCGGGGAAUCGUUGACAAUCUACGACUCGGAUCACGCGGACCCGGCCCGCAUCAUCAAGACCUUCUGCGACACCUUCUCGCGACCCAUGGAGAAGGUGGACUUCGUCAGCACAAGUCCCUCGCUCUACGUGCAAUUCGACUCGAAGACUGGCAGCUAUAGCGGCAGCUCACUGUACUACUGGGCGCACUAUGACUUCUUCAACAACACCCGGUUCGGCGACCCCGUGCCCAACACCCUUUGCGACGAAGUCAUGUACGCCUGGAAGCAUCCUGGCGGUCGCCUUCGAUCGCCCCUCAACUCCCUGAUCUUCAAACGAACCGGCGGAAGCGAUGUACGUUGUCAGUACAAGUUCGUGACGGAUCGACGUUUGUAUGCCAGGGCCAUCAUUGAGGUGAACUCGGUCUCGUUCAAGGAGUUGCCGUACAACAGCAAUGCGUGCACUCGCUGUCACGAGGAGCGUGUGGACAAGCUGGUGAUUUGGGAGGAGCGCGACAAGUUCCAGAACAAUUUAGCUUGCUUCUGCGACAACAUUCCCCGAGCUGUGCGUGUCAUCUCCUCGGCGGAUCAGAUGAAUCUGGAGAUGAUUGUGCAGGGUCAGCAUGCCAUUACCUCGUACUUUAAGAAUCCCAAUCCACUGUUCGAAGCCACGUACGAAUUUGCGCAUGGUCCGCUCUGUGGUCCCAUCACACUCGGUCCCUCGCCCGACGGCGAUCUCGUCUUUCCCUACAAGAAGGCACUGGCCAUGGUAGCGGGACCGAUGGCGCCACCUGAGCACCAUUAUCGUCGCGAGAAGUGCAUCUGGGAGCUAAAGGUGGCUGCUCAGCGGGACUUGUGGCUGAAUCUGGAGAAGGCGCGAUUCGCUGAUCGCAGUUGUGAGAGUGCCAAGAUCGAGGUAUAUCUAGCCGGGCGACUGGAGCCCCGCUUUGUCGUCUGUCCCGACAACAUUUCCCUGGCCAGGGACUUGCCCAUCCUCACCACUGCGGAGCUGGGAGCCACAGGCGCUGAUCAGGAGCCGCUGCCGGUGCUCAUACAGUACACAGGAGAUGGGCAGCCGGGCAAGAACAUCUUCCGACUGGUCUGGACCGAGCUGUUCCACUUGCCGCGCAAUCCCGAUGGUAGUCUGGCCGCGUCCCUGUUGCAGGAUGGCGGCUGUGACUUCCGCUGUCCCGGCGACACGCAGGUCUGCAUUCCGCGUCACCUGCUCUGCAAUGGCAUUGCCAACUGUCCCAAUGUGACGCACUCCUCGACGCUGGCCCAACUAACGCGGCACAUUGAGUGGAAUCUGGAGCAGCUCGGUCUUCUGCAUCACGCCGGCGAAUACAGUCAGCUGGUGCUGCACGACGAAUCGCCCGAGAUCUGUUUGCGACGUGAUCUCAGCGAGUUGCCCUACGGCAAACUCUCGCUCCUCGCCCUCGGCUUGUGUGUGAUGUUUGCGCUACUGAUUGCCAUCCUGCGACGCAUGUGCCGAGGGACGGCGAAGCAGCCAGGACUGCAGCAUCUGGACGAGGAUUACUAGAGUUAUCUCUGAUUUUAGCCAUGUUUUAAAAUGCUCACUCAGUUCAUCUUAGAGCAUCAGAGAGAGAGGAGAACGUUGUGUCACACUGCCAGCAGCUCUGAGUCUGAAAUCUGGAUCCGUUUUCAAACUUCUCUUCGAGCAAUACCUAUUUGCACUUUGUAAGUAGUUUAACAAUCUAAAUCUCUGCUCUAUAUAAGCGAAAGUAUGAGUCCCUAAUUCUCCCCCACUGAACGCAACGCAACGUGACAGCUAUUGAAUAUUAAUUAAUAUAAUUAUACGAUAUUAACUCGUACAUAUAAAUGUUUGAAAAACACACAUACACACAAAAAAAAAAUGAUUAACUGCCCAGAACAAAAUUAAUUAAACUCAAAAAAAAAACGUAAAAGUAAAAUUGUCACGUGAUAAUUGUUGAAAAAAGAAAUUACAAAUAAAAUUGAAACAAAAGAGAGUAUAGUUUAACAAGCAUAAUGAACAAGAUAUUAAUUAAGGUAGACAAGUAAAAUAAAAAAAACUGAAAAUUGAACUCAUAUUGAAAACCAAAAAAAAAAGUUGUUGGUGGUUUUAUUAGUUAUUAUGUAUAUCAUAAAAAAAAAUCAAAUACAAUGUAUCAUUGGCAAAUUGUCAGGAUUAUAGAACAGAUGGUGGCAUACAUACUUUAUAUAUUAUAUGUAUAUAAUGUACGAUAUACAAUACAUAUACAUAUACAUAUAUAUUUUUUGCACAUAGAUUUACCUAGACCAUAAACAAAGUAACCAAAUUCCAUUACAAUUGGAAAUCGGAAAUUAAAAUUGCCCACAAAACAAAAUGGCUGAGUUUUGCUGCUGAUGAAACCGAUAGAAAAUACCUUGGAAAAUAUCCCGUAAAAA